AUGGAUGACCUCAACGGCUUAAGUUGGUCCAACUCGGCCCCCGCCAACAAGCCCCCUCCUAUGAAUUCGGGUCUAAUGUUUCCACCUGCGCAACGAAAUGCCAAUGUAUCUCGUCUCUCAACGCCCCUCUCAGAAGCCUCAAAUCGGUCAAUUUCUCCGAAACCUGCACCGUCUUCUGGGGAUAGCUUCGCGAACCUAGUUAAUUUCAACUCUUCCGCAGCCAACAAGAACCUCUCCCUUCUUGAGCAGCAGAAGCGACUACAACUAGAGAAAGCAAAGAAGGAUGCAGAGAAAAAGAAUCAGUACGAAGCGCAGUGGGGAGGGCAGAACUCUCAGUUUUGGAACAGCUUAGAGCAAGGCAGUACUAAGAGCCCUGCAGUGGCACCGAUCUCACAAUCCGUGUCGCCACCGUCCAAUGAUGAUGAUGAUGAUAUUCUGGCCGCUUUCAAUGCUGCAGCUGCAGCACCCGUCGAUAAAUCGAGUCACUUCCCGGUUCCCAGCUCGAGCGCCUCUCCAAAUCCUUUCCAAAGUACGCCAUCAGGGGGAAUAACAAUGCAUGAUAGUACCAGAGGUCUAGAUGUCUUCGACGAUGACGAUCCAUUUGGCCUUCACGAUUUGAAAGGAAAAUCUGCGGCUCCCACUCCCGCGCCAGCCCAAGACGACGAUGACGACUUCCUCGGCCUUCUUGGAAAGCCCGUGUCAGAGAUUCCUCAGCAGGUAGCCCCAAAGCCAACGCCACCACCAAAAAACGAUCGCAGUAACGAUGUCUCUCCUAUGCCCUCAAAUGAAGUCGAUCGCGCUAUAGCAGAGUUGGUUGAUAUGGGUUUCCCCGCGGACAAGUCCCGUGAGGCCCUUCGAACUACCGCAUCUGGAACCGACGUACAGACUGCGGUCAGUUGGCUUCUUACAAAAGCUCAUUCAGACGCGAAACAGAAGUCCCAAGGGCGAUCAGGAGCCAAUGGGCAUCAUAGCGAUCCAUCGGAACGGAGUGACAGCCGAGAUGUUCCCGCUUGGAUGAGGGAGGGUAGAUCGCAGACUCCUCGCUUGCGCGAUGACAGUCGAAGCCCGGCGCAUGCGGACCCGGCUCAAAUAGCAUCUCAGAUCGGCAGCAACUUCCUGAAAACUGCAGGCUCCCUUUGGAAGACUGGCAGUAAGAAGUUUCAGCAAGCUGUGAAUGAAUUCAAUACGGAACACGACCCUAGCCAACCUAAGUGGAUGAGAGAUGCUUCUGCCCACCGAGAGGAACUCCCGUCGCCACAACCAUCCCAUCCUGCCGAUAUUCCGGUUCAGUCACAACCAAAACCUCAAGAAUUUACUGACGAAGCGGCUCUUCUCGAGUCUGGGGAUUCUCGCCCUCAUAGGAAACCCGCCCGACCAUCUCAACCAGUUCCAAAUGAGAACGACUACCGGAAUCAGCAACCUUCUCCAAAUAUUCAACAUAUGCCGCCACCAAACUUUCUUCAGCGCCCGUCGCGACCAACCUCAAAAGAGCCUAAAUCCAGGCUUUCGAGAUUCGCGGCAGAGGAGCAAUCGGCGCAGGCAUAUGUCAGUCCAGCAAGAAGAAAACGUCCCCAAGCGCCACCUGCAGCUGCGGCGGAGCCCAAUAUUGACCUAUUUGACUCUCCUGCACCUUCAUCCAAUCGGCAGCCACCCUCAACUGCAGCCAAACCUGCGCCAUCUUCGACACGUUCGACCCCUAUCCCUGUACGACCCAAAGCUCCUGCGCGAUCUAUACCGACUGUAUCCCCCGAGGCUCUCCAGUCCACUCACCGACACCGCGAAAAAGCCGCAGAGGCAUACAAGCGGGGCGAUUAUGCAGCUGCAUACCAAAGCUUCUCCACAGCUAUCAGUAUGCUCCCCGAUAAGCACCCAAUUAUAAUAAUGAUCCGCAGCAACCGUGCUAUGACUGCUCUGAAAACUGGUGAACCCAAAUCUGCAAUUGACGAUGCCGAUACUAUCUUAAAUGUGAUCGGUCCUUCAAGGGGUGAAUCAGAGACUAUUGAAUUAGGAAACGGCGAACCUGCCAAGCAAAUGAGGGAUUUCUUUGGCAAGGCCUUGAUGCGUAAAGCUGAGGCUCUUGAACAGCUUGAGCGAUGGGCAGAUGCGGCAGAGUCAUGGAAAUUGGCGGUCGAGUCGGGUCAUGGUGGAAGCACUAGUAUCCAAGGUCGAAAUCGAUGUGAAAAGGCCGCUGGCAUCAGCAAGCCUGUGUCGAGGGCCCCAGCCCCUGCCAAGAAAAAGCCUGCACCUGUUCAGAAAAAAGUCUCUGCUCUGUCAGAUCUUGCUGAAGCCCCUACUUCUGGGAAAGAAGCUGAAGCUGUCAGUCGUUUGCGAGAGGCCAACAAGGCCGCCGAACGCGCCGACGAGGAGAAGUUUGCUCUGUCGGAUAGUGUUGACGCGAGAAUCGCCACCUGGAGGGGCGGAAAGCAGGAUAACCUCCGCGCUCUGCUCGGCAGCUUAGAUUCAGUACUUUGGCCCGAGUCUGGCUGGAAGAAGAUCAACUUGUCAGAGUUGAUAUUACCGAACAAGGUCAAGAUUCAAUAUAUGAAGGGUAUUUCAAAGGUGCACCCUGACAAGAUUCCCACCAAUGCCACGACUGAACAGCGCAUGAUUGCUGGUGCUGUCUUCGGAACACUGAAUGAAGCCUGGGAUAAAUUCCGGGCAGAGAACAAUCUCUAA